CGGAAGCAAAGAGGAUUGUGGGAGCUCCGUUGUGCGUCGCUUAAGGGAGGGCGGUGGAUGGGCGAGGGUCCGGUCACUGCGACUGCCGCUGCUCUCCGAGGCCACAGGACACGGGCCGUGGGUCGCCGUCAUGAAAGCGAGCGAGGCGGAGGAACCAUGUAAGAAGUCUGACUGCCCUGCUGGAGAAACCAAAUGGAGAGGUCCAGAGACAACAUGGAGAGAGAGCGCACAGCCCAGCUGAGCCCAGCUUUCCAGUUACCCCCACCAAUGCGCCACACAUAUAAAGGAAGUCAUCUUGGUCCCUCCAAAACAACCUAGCCAGCCAGCUAGAUACCACUGAGUGACCUCAGUAGAUGGCACAUGGGACAGCAGAAUUAUCUAGUGAGCUUUGCCCACAUUCCUCACCCACACAGUCUUUCUUCCAUCUGCACACAGUUGUCUUCAGCAUGGGGGAGCAGAACCACUCUCCCGGGAAGGAGCUUCAGCCCAGGACACGAGCAGAGGCUCCAGGAAAGAAAAGCUGGCAUUCCCAGGCCUACGCCCUUGGGGCCGUUUCCAACUUUAUGUCUACUUUUCUGACGUUUCCUAUCUAUAAGGUUGUGUUCCGGCAACAGAUCCAUGCCAUGGCAGUGUCAGAGGCUGUGAGACAGCUUUGGCACGAAGGUCCUCAAUACUUCUACCGGGGAAUCUACCCUCCUCUUCUCUCCAAGACGUUGCAAGGGACUCUUCUGUUUGGGACUUAUGAUAGCCUGCUGUGCUUUCUCUCUCCUGUUGGGCCACACACCCUGGGACACCGCUGGGCUGCAGGGCUCAUGUCUGGCGUGGUGGAGGCUGUGGCACUCAGUCCCUUUGAAAGGGUGCAAAAUGUGCUCCAGGAUGGUCGCAAGCAAGCUCGCUUCCCCAGCACCUUCAGCAUUCUCAAGGAAUUCAACUCUUAUGGGCUUUGGGGGCGGCUGUCACUGGGUUACUAUCGUGGUUUCUGGCCUGUCCUGGCCAGGAACAGCCUGGGGAGUGCUCUAUAUUUUUCUUUCAAGGACCCCAUCCAGGAUGGCCUGGCAGAGCAAGGCCUGCCCCAUUGGGUUCCUGCCUUGGUGUCUGGUAGUGUCAAUGGAACAAUCACCUGCCUAGUUCUGUAUCCUCUGAUUGUGCUGGUUGCUAAUAUGCAGUCCCAUAUUGGAUGGCAGAACAUGCCAAGCCUGUGGGCCUCUGCCCAGGAUGUGUGGAACACUCGGGGUCGAAAGCUGCUCCUGAUCUACCGUGGAGGCUCCCUGGUCAUCCUAAGGUCCAGUGUGACAUGGGGCCUCACUACGGCAAUCCAUGACUUCCUGCAGAGGAAGUCUCACUCCAGGAAAGAGCUGAAGACUGACUAGCUGCAGAAAGUGUGGCCAUGGCAGCUUUGUUAUUCUAAAUCUUCCCUGGUUGGUUCUAUAUAGCUUACUUCUUUGGCUCAGUUGCCUAAUACAGCCAUCCUUUAGCAUCUGUAAACUCAUUGCAUGGGAGAAGUUCCCAACUACCAACCUGUUGAGCAAGGACAAAGCCCAACAGGAUUCCUUAGUCAAAAAGAAAUGUUCGCCCCAGUCUCUCCACAGUUUCAGUAGCCUCAGAGCCAGGAGGCCUUUAAAUAACAUGUAACCCAGAUUAAGUGUCAUUCCUUUAAGGAAUUCCUUGGCAAUAAGUGGAAACUUAAAAAGAUGACCUUACUUAGGCACUUUGAGCUUUGGGGCCCCUCUAGGUGUCCUCCAGACCAAACUGAGUGGAACUCCAAUUUCAAAGAACUGUGCUUGACUCUUAGGAUGGGAAUUCCAUAAAACUCAGAUGGCUACAUUUUCAUGACAUUGUUCACUGCCUCUACCACCACCUCUCCCUUCUCAAGGCUGUGGGUCCUACUUUCAGGGUAGCAGCUGUGACUGGAAAUCCCAAAUUAGGCUUGUGUGAACUCAUCAGGUGCCACAAGAACUAGUGGGGCUGGAGAUGGGAGUGCGAAGAAGUGUGGCCCAUGGAUGGAAAGGAUAAAACUUUGAAAGAAGAGAUUUAAUUACAUGCAAAAUAGAAACAUUUGCUAUAGUCUGCUUGGUGUUAUCUGCUAGGACAUUUCUGAGAGCAAGGUGAUAACAUUGCCUAGAAACCAUUUGAGUUUCCCUAAAAAACCUGGAAGUGAAGUGACCAUAUCUUUUCACAGAUAAUUGCAUAUUUUGUUGAUGUGGUUAAUGUAGUUACUAUGACAUAAAGAUCACUAAUCUUAGCCUUAGAAAUCAGAGCCAUUCAAAAUAUGGUCCUUAUAUAACUUUCAACAUAUUGUCACUCCACUUACAUAAACCCCAAACACUAGCCAUAAUGAACUCUUGUUCUCUCCCCAGACAUUCCAUGAACUUUCCCAUGGCCAUACUUUGGCCCACACUAUUCUUUCCACCUGCAGUGCUCCUUCUUCACAUGCCAGUCUACCAAAAUCCUUCCAGCUCCUCAAAGCCCAGCUCAGAGGUCACCUUCUCUAUGGAGCCUCUUGAUUUCCCCCAACUGAAUGUGACAUUGAUCUCUGUGACAUUAGUCUCUUUAACAUUAGUCUCUGUGAUGCCCCUUUCUUUUUCUUUUAUUUAUUUAUUUCUUUUUUUUUGAGACCGAGUUUCGCUCUUGUU